UUUGGUUGGGAGGAUCUUAAUUCAACAAUAAAUAGAGCAUCAUUUCUGAGCACAAUAUUAUUCAACUAGACCCUCUUCACAGACUGCUGAUAUCUGCUGAAUUGUGAAGGUCUUCUGUGAGGUUGAUACAUUGAUGAAUUCCAGGAUGGCCAUCCGUGUGAUUGUGUUUCUAACACUUUUUACUGGGUUGUGCUUCGCUGAUUCCAAAGGGAAUCUUGCUCUUCAUGCCGAGGUUGUGCAGUCCUCCACAUACCCAGAGGGAGGAGAUGCUAAACGUGCAGUAGAUGGAAACAGAGACUCAGAUUCCAGGAGGGGCUCAUGCACUCACACUAAAUCUGAGUUUAAUCCAUGGUGGAGAGUUGACCUUGGAAAUGUCUACAGUAUAAACAAAGUUACCAUCACUAAUCGUCAAGACUGUUGCAAAGAGCGGCUUAAAGGAGCUCAGAUUCGUAUUGGUAACAGUCUGGACAACAACGGAAACAACAAUGCGCUGGCUACAACUAUUCUCACUGCUCCUGAUGGCACAGAAACAUUUUUAUUUGAGCCUGUUAUUGGCCGAUAUGUCAAUAUUUUUUUACCUGGGAAUGAUGAAAUCCUUUCUCUGUGUGAAGUCGAGGUGUUUACAGAUAACUACACACCGCCGUACAUUUGUGUUCCAAAGAAUCUUGCUCUUGGAGGAACAGCUGUCCAGUCUUCCACAUACGAUAAAUUAGCAGCUGCUCAAAAUGCUGUCGAUGGCAACAGGAAUUCAAUUUACACUAGUGGGUCAUGCAGUCAUACUAAAGCGGACAAGGACCCCUGGUGGAGAGUUGACUUAUUGGGAGUCUACAAGAUAACCAGGGUUAGCAUCACUAAUCGUGGAGAUGGUAGCGCAAAUAGAAUAAAUGGUACUCAGAUCCGUAUCGGCAACAGCCUGGAAAAUAAUGGCAACAAUAAUCAGCUGUAA